GCCCAGGCGGUAACCCUAACAGGGCUCAGGCUUUCAGAGUGGCGUUUGAAUUCUGGCAGGCUGCCAAGGAAGAAAAAGAGAAGCGAGUGAAGUCAGGUUCAGACGGAGAGGGAGCCAGCAACUCCCAGUCGGACAGCUCGGCCAGCCUGGGCAGCCUGAAGGGAGGAGAGGUAGCCACGGGAAAACUUCUGGAUUUGGCAGAGGGAGCCAACGUGGCGCUGGUCCACUCAGGAACAAAGCAGACCGACUCGGAUCCCUUUAUGGUGCAUAAUCACGAAACAGAGAACAACAAUACUGUAUGGGAGUUGGAGGACGGUCUGGACGAGGCUUUCUCAAGACUCGCUGAGUCUCGCACUAACCCCCAGGUCCUGGACAUUGGGGUAAACCCUCAGGACUUCAACACUGAAGAGUGCCUGUCCCCAGGCAAAUGGGACCAAGAGGACUCAGAGUUCCCUGCACAAAAAGACACUUUUGGGUUCUAAUGUGAAGCCUCUGCCAAGAAGGGAAAACGGAGAAAGACGAGGGGAAAUGGUGGAAACUGGAGAAGUGACAAAACGAACAUUUAUGGCAUCAGUAAGGUUUCCCGUCUUCUCCUUGCUGCCAAGUCCUCUCAGUGCUGCUGUCUAGUGGCUCUCUGAUGCUCCUGGAUCCACACAACCACAGAAGGACAACAUGAGCAGGGUUCUCACGAAAAGGCCAAAGCAAUACAAACCAAUUUAUCCCUUUUCUAUGAAAAAACAUGCAGUCAUUUAAUGUUUGUUACAGUCAGUGUAUUACUUCCUUUUUUGUGUAUGUUUACCUGUUCACUGUUUGUAAUGUGUUUGUGGUAUGUGCUUGUGUACAUUGUGUUAAAGAAAGUGUAUGUUUGUGUAUGUGUGCGGAUGUAUAGUAUAUAAAUGUACAAGGUGAGAUAUGAGAACUAUGACGUGAGUUACGUUUGGAACAGCUCAUCAAGGGAAAGGUCAUCAAGGGUACUGUCACAUAUUUGAUUUACUUAGAGAUGGAGAAACUGGAUUAGAGGGAAAAGUCAGCAAUGAACCAGUUCCCAUAAAGUUACUACCUAUGUGCUUCAAGAAUUCAGCCUUUUUCUGGGCUAAGCUUUAAAAAAAAAUUGUGUGUAUGUUUUGAUCAAAGAGUGUUUGUGUGAAAGUGAAAAAGAACAAAAUGACAAUCUUUUUUUUUUUUUUCUAUUGCAAAAUCUAUUUUUGCACUCAACAUUCAUCCAUUUUUAAAAAGCACAUAUUUCAUAUAAGGGAAUUUUAAUGUCCAUACGCAUCAAACUUAUUUUCCAGGCUUAUAUACAGUGCCUCUAUUCAAACUCCCACUUGGACUGGUUCAUGCUUUAUUGUUUUACAACUUAGAAUCACAGGAGCAUUCCUGAUGUUGUAUUCACUGUGAUGUUGACUACAGUCUUGUACAUCUCAAGAUUUCCCAACGUUGUAGAGAACUGUGAAGCCCCCUAUAUCACCACAUUUCAAAGAAAGCCAGUCAUGUUUCCCACUCUGGCUCAUUGACAAGACUUUGAUGGGAAGGGAAGUCCAGAGUUGUUUUGUCUUCACUUCAACAAUACAGUCUCUUUUUUUUUGACCAUGUCAGUAAGUUUCAUUAAUCAACUGUGAUUCAGUGUUGGAGCAAUAAAACAUGAAGUCCAAGGGUGUGAAUGUGUUAUAGCGGCACUGUACCGCUGUAUGUUAAAUUAUAUUGUUGCGUUGACUUUGCUAGUUUAUUAUUUUUUUCCCGGGGAGUGUUCCCAGUGUUAUUUUUGCAGUUUGUUUGUGUAUGAAUUUAAUUUAAUUCAUUAAAUAACAUAAAUUUCAAUCAAAGUGAAA